GCGCGAGAAUACAUUGAUAAGUAGACCAAGUGGGGAUUUUUGGCAUGGAGGUCUAUGAGUCUCGAACUUGGUUAACAAAAAAUGUAAUUGCGAAUUUACGACGUGAAGCUUAUUUGAUCGAACAUAAGUUUCGUAAUGUUUAGGUUUUUACGAAGUACCGAUAUAAAAGUGGACGCGCAUGGCAUUCCGACAAUGUUAUAUAAGAGUUGUGUUUCUUGUUCACGCGCGUAUGUUCCCACCUUCCUUCCGCCUUUGCGGACAUGUAUUUCCAUUGUUAGAGGGGUCAAACGACUAUCUUUUCAAUAUAAUAGAUCCUACUUGCCACCAGUUGACCUGUCCAUAUAAAGUAAUAAUAAAGGAAGAAGAUGGCAGACGAAACGUUAUAUAGCUAGCUUGCUAAACAGUUAUGGCAGUUUAUUCGAUUGAGGCUAGAAAGCGAUAAAUGACAUUUCGGAAAUGUUAGUUAGGUAGCUAACGUUAACUUGUGGCUACCUGGCUAGUUACCGUUAGCUAGCUAACAUUGUCCUGUUACAAACUACUUAUUUAACUAGUUAAGACAUUUUACAUUCUGAAUUAAAGUUACUAAUUAUACGUAAAUGUGUAUAGCAUCAGCCAGUUAGCUUUCUAGUAGCGACCAUCUCAUAGCUUGGCUGUGUAGCGUGAGCUAGCUAGGUUAGGUAAUUUGCUAGGUUAGAUUGUUGUUGCCAGUCACUGUCUCAUAAAAUAACAAAUGGCUGGGUUGGCGACUGUGACCACCCUUCGAUUGCCUAUAGGCAUACGGACAUUCAGUGAUUUGCGAGAUGUGUCUGCAUUUGGCAAAAACCGGUUGAAUACAGUGUUGGGGCCAAGAAUACGGAUUAAACAGCCAAUCAGAUAUGUGACAUCUUGUGGCAUCCUUAUGACCAGAAACCCCAGGAUUCUUAUCCAUUUGGACAGGAGGACAACUAUCAUUCCCCCCAGCAGAACCUUCCUUAGUCUGGCUAACAAGAGGAAACAGUAUUCAGAACGAAGAAUCAUUGGUUACUCGAUGCAGGAGAUGUAUGAUGUGGUGGCCAACGUGGACGAUUAUAAGCACUUUGUUCCGUGGUGUAAGAAAUCUCAGUUCAUCAUGCAGAGAGCCAGCCAUGCUAAAGCCAAACUAGAAGUGGGUUUCCCCCCUAUAGUCGAGAGAUACACCUCCAUGAUCACCAAUGUGCGCCCUCAUCUAGUCAAGGCUGUAUGCACAGAUGGUAAACUGUUCAACCACUUGGAGACAAUAUGGCGUUUCAGCCCUGGAAUACCUGGUUAUCCCAGAACCUGUACUGUUGAUUUCUCUAUAUCUUUUGAGUUUCGCUCUUUGCUACACUCGCAGUUAGCGACGGUCUUCUUUGAUGAGGUCGUGAAGCAAAUGGUUGUUGCCUUCGAGGGCCGAGCUUGCAUCAAGUACGGCCCAGAGACUAAAAUACCCAGAGAACUCAUGUUCCAUGAGGUGAACCAAACGUGAGCCUCCAUGUGCUUGUACAUAUAUGGGAAAUUCACACGUUUUCUCCACUUUCAACCCAUUGCAUUUUGUGGACGACCAUUAGAUAGAUGACUGUUGUUGGACACGGUUGAAGUGGGGAAUGGAUCUCCAGCUUGACUGCUUGAACAACACAGCAACCACUUGCAUGUGAGAAGAGCAUCAUUUCAGACUGGGUCCGUCCUCCGUAUGUACUGGAUUCUUAGGCCAUUCUCCUAUUUAUUGCCAAUUUGCUGCAGAGCCUGAUAUUUACUGAAGCAAAUUCCAUAUUUUGUAAAGUGUAAUGAAUUGUCAGGCUUUCAAGAUUCUUUUUACCAAUCCAGUAAAUACUUCAGCUAGUUAACUGGGACUCAUAAGAUAACUGAACAUAAUAUAUUUUGGGUGGUCAAAAUUACCAUGUCACACCCAUUUGAUUUUCAUAAGAUGUUUUAACUGGUUUGAAUCAUGUCCACACAUUAAAUCUAUGUAAAAAUAUAAACACAACAAUUUAACUGAGUGUGUGUAUAUAAGUAAAUCAGUUCAUUGAAAUAAAUUCACUAUGCCCUAAUCUAUAGAUUUCACGACUGGGAUUACAGAUAUGCAUCUGUUGGUCAGAUAGCUUAAAAAAAUUGACCUCACAAUAGGGCUCAGGAUCUCAUCACACUCUCUCUGUGCAUUCAAAUUUCCAUCAAUAAACUGCAAUUGUGUUCCUUGUCUGUAGCUUUUGCCUGCCCAUAUCAUAACCCCACCACCAUUGAAAGGGAGAUUUAUAUAGCUUUCCUAUAACAUUCCCCUGAUUUGCCUUAAUGUUUAUUUUGGGGUAAAGGGACAUUUUAGAUUUUAACGUCAUAUUAAUCUCCAGCACCACCCCAACAAAUGUGAAAACAGCAUGUUUGUGUUUUGAAAAAGUUUACAAUGACAUCAGUGUGCAUUGUGAUUUUAACCAAUUAUGAGUAGGUAUUGCCUACACUUCGAGGAAGACAUCUUUUACCUCAAAACAUAAACACUCCCAUUUUCACAGGUUGGGGUUGUGCUGGAGAUGUUGAAAAGGGGUGAUUCUGUUGGUGGGAAUCAGGGCUCUUAAGGUCCUGCCAGCCAUUACCACCCCGUUUAUGUAUGUAUUUUAGACUUUAAAACAAAAGCCAAUAAACUAAAGUACAACUCUUCUGUCAAUAUCAGGACAUUUCAGGUUGUCACAGGAGUGCUUGGCAAAUUAGGAGAAAGCGUAUCGAUUGUCAGCCAAUUGAUCAUUUGAAGCCACAGUUCAAAUCAGUUGCAACACAUAGCAAUUUUGUAUUUUCUGACCAAAGCACUCUGAUGUUGUUUAUUUGGAAUCCAGUCUCCGUACCACAUGCAUAUGACGUCUUGACCAGGCCAAAGGGAAGCAGAAACCUGAGUGCUGUGGAGACGUGUCUGGUACACUAUUAAUAACUGCAAUGUCCUCAACUCCAGCCAACACAUACGUAUCAUACACAGCCGGCACAGAAUAACAUGACUGUUCUGUGGUAAUGUAAAUGCAUUCAGGUAAAGAUUUUGCAACAACCACAUCUCCAUAAACAGACAGCAAUAAAAAAAACAGAAUUCGAGAGAACAGUAAUUGUUAACAUUUGCCUUUUAUUUCAAAUUGUUUUCCAUUUUCUCUCCCAUAUCCAGCUCUGCUAGAUAAUAAAGUUCAGAUUUCUCCACUUCACAAUGAUCUCACGUAAGAUAUAUUUAUCUUUAUACCAGAAUAACAAAAUACUUGGUUAGAACAGGAUCAAAUACAGGGACAGGACAAACUUUAAAUACGUCUAAAAUACAUAUGUACUAUUUGGGAAAUACACUACAGGGGACAGUAGACAGUGUGAGGGGGGGCUGUUUGAAAACAAAUUAAAUGAAUAGCCAGGGGGUACUGUCGGUGUUGUGCCCAAUUAGAGUGUAUUGGAUAUGGUCGGCAUUGAAACAGACCAUUACAAACAAGCCCUCUCCCCACCCACUAGACCUGAGAGCAACCUUAAAACUAAACCAAGCAAAUCUGUACCUUAAUAACAAUCCAGUUGAACACAAUUUCUUCGUUUUUUUAAUUUAACCUUUAAAUAGGCAAGUCAUUUGAACAAAUUCUUAUUUAAUGAUUAGUUGGUAUGGUGUUUCAGAUGUAUACUUGCGUCAUGAGCAAGAUGAGACAUUACAGUUGGAUGUAGUAAAACCAGCAGACUUUCUAAAACAAACAUUUACAAAACAUUCUAACAGUACAUCGAUUGAGACACCAAUAUUAACGGGUCACGCGUACUAUUUAGUCAUUGCUUGCCAGCUCUCGAAUUACAUUCAUUUUUCUGACUCGAAGGAAAUGUUCCAUUGAUGCUUUUAAGUUGCCCUCGGGUCUUGAAGAAAAACUCUACAAGAAAGAUUACCCCCAAGUGUGAUAUAACACAAUAUAAUAAAACAUUAUUUUUUUAAAUCAACCCUUUCAUCUCAGGUAGAUUUAAAAUAAAAUGGAAAACGGUGCUGUCUUCUUACCCUGAUCACUUUUCAAAACAACCUCCCUUCCCAAUAGAACAGAGCUAUUUGUGAAGCACUGUACAAAGCAACCUGCAUAGUAUUCCGUUUACCAGAAGUGCAAUGGGUUUGGCGAACACUGGCAAAAAAAAUGGUGUAAUAAGUGAACUUGGCCUUGAUUUAUAGUGGUGUGCGUCAAUCAUUGAUGAAAGGGGCAGCAGUAUACUUUUACGAACCUACAGACCCUGGUCAUUUACAUACUGUACAUAUUCUUCUGUGGUUAUAUUACAGAAGGACCUUGCCUGCCA